AGAAGAAGAAGGAGAAGAGGAAGAAGAAGAAUGGAGCUAGGAUUCUUAGGGCUCGGGAUCAUGGGCAAGGCAAUGGCCAAGAAUCUCCUCCAAAAUGGCUUCAAGGUCACAAUCUGGAACAGGACUCUCUCUAAGUGUGAAGAGCUUGUGGAGUAUGGUGCCUCCAUUGGAGAUACCCCUGCAGCAGUUGUCAAGAAGUGCAAGUACACCAUAGCAAUGCUAUCAGAUCCUUCAGCUGCUCUGUCGGUGGUUUUGGACAAGGAUGGUGUGCUUGAGCAAAUGUGCAGUGGAAAAGGCUACAUAGACAUGUCAACAGUAGAUGCUGAUACAUCAACAAAGAUCAGUGAGGUGAUUUCAAAAAAGGGAGGAUAUUUCCUUGAAGCUCCUGUCUCAGGUAGCAAAAAGCCAGCUGAAGACGGUCAAUUAGUCAUUCUUGCCGCUGGGGAAAAGUCCUUAUAUGAUGAAAUCAUCCCUGCUUUCAAUGUCUUGGGAAAGAAGUCUUUCUUUUUGGGGGAGGUUGGCAAUGGGGCAAAGAUGAAACUUGUGGUUAACAUGAUAAUGGGCAGCAUGAUCAAUGCAUUUUCUGAGGGGCUGGUCCUUUCUGACAGGAGUGGACUGAGCCAGCAAACACUUCUUGAAGUAUUGGAAUUGGGUGCUGUUGCUACUCCAAUGUUCAAGAUGAAAGGACCAGCUAUGAUCCAGAACAAUUAUGCCCCUGCUUUUCCACUGAAGCAUCAGCAGAAGGAUAUGAGAUUAGCUCUUGCACUGGGGGAUGAAAAUGCAGUAUCAAUGCCUGUAGCUGCAGCUGCCAAUGAGGCAUUCAAGAAAGCAAGAAACAUGGGAUUUGGGGACCAUGACUUCUCGGCGGUCUAUGAGACGGUGAAGAGUUUAGGAGAUUCCAAGUAAUGCCCAAUUGGCAAGAGUAAUGAGAAAAAAAAUGAAAUGGAGAGAUUUAUUUUAACUAAAUAUCCGAUUUGUGGUGGCUAACAAUGCUGG